UAGUUUCUAGCUAGUAAUCUGGAUCUGACUCGAUUCUAGUCCUGAGUCUCCUGACUCUGGAUCCAGACUGACUGCUAUCCCGACAUGGAGUUGACUUGAAUUCGAGGUUCAACGACACUGCAGGUGUCGUCGGGGUAGUUCAAUUCACCAUGGGAACACAUCAUCUAUAUAAGCCCUAAUUCGAUGGGAAGAAGACGCAACCAUCAACAUCAGUCACAACCACCACCACCACCACCACCACAUCGAGAGGCAAAUUGAGGCGGGUGACAAGCAACAUUCCACGGGCCAAGACACGUCGAACCACUUUUUCUCUUAGCGACAUCACAUCCCACCACCCAUUGACACCCAACCACACCCGUCAGCCACUAAUUACCCGAACGAUGUCGUCCGAGACCGUCUACGUCCCGCUCAACGUGCUGGACCACCUGCACCGGCCCAACUACGUCAAGUUGUGCUACUACUUCUCGCUCCAACCCGGCACGACCCCGCUGGAUGUCUUCGAGGACCUCGGCAAGGGUCUGCACCAGACCUUCGUGCAGGUGCCGUGGCUCGGGGGCAAAGUCUUCCGCCAGUCCCCCGACACGCCGGGGUACCGGCCGGGGCAGCGGGAGCUGCGGUACAACCCGGCGACGGCGGCGCCGGUGGACGGGCCGCUGCCGCACCAGCUGCGCUUCAACGAGCUGGAAUCGGACUACACGUUCGCGGAGCUGCGCGAGGAGGGGUUCCCCAGCGACGCCUACGACGACCAGGAGCUGCUCAAUGUGCCCAUCGAGGGCAACCUGGACACGGGCUGCGACGUCUUCGUGGCGCAGGCCAACUUCAUCCCGGACGGGUGCGUGCUGUGCAUGUCGACCUGCCACGCCGCCAUCGACGGCACCGCCAUGGUCACCGUGAUGAAGCUGUGGGCCGACAACUGCCGCAGCGUGUUCGACCCUUCGGAGAUCGUCGAGCCCUUCCCCGCCGAGAGCUCCGACCGCACCCUCCUCGACAAGCUCUGGGUGCCGCCCAAAUCCGGCCCCAUCGCCCUCCAAGACGCCGACGCGUGGACGCGGGGCCUGGUCGGCCUGCGCCCCAGCGAGGGCUCGACGACCCCGAUCGACUUCCAGAACUGGUUCGGCAACGAGCACCCCAAGCCGCCGCGGCAGAUGAAGAACCGCACCUUCUACAUGUCGGCGGCCAACAUGACGGCCCUGCAGAAGGAAUGCGAAGCCUCCACCGCCGACGACAGCAGCAGCAGCACGACCGCCGGACCGCUCAGCGGCAACGACGUGGUCACGGCGCUGAUGUGGCGGAGCCUGGUGCGGGCGCGGGCGGCGGCGGCGGACGAGACGCUGGACGAGGAGUCAGUGCUCGAGUCGGCGAUCGACGGGCGGAUGGAGUUCUCGCAGGCGGUGCCGCCCAGCUACCUGGGCAACAUCACCUUCUACAACCAGUCGGCGAUCCCGGUGGCGGAGCUGCUGGACCCCGCGGUGCCGCUGGGCCGGGUGGCGCGCGCGAUCCGCACCGGCGCCGGCCGCGUCAACAGCGCCAGCCUGCACGAGGCCUACGCGCUCAUCAAGGGCGUCGCCGACUUCGCCCAGCUCAAGCCCCGCUUCCGCCGCACCGCCGGCGCCGACAUGCUCAUCUCCAACCUGCUCCUGUUCCCCGUCGACUCGAUCCAGUUCGGCACCCGCCGCUUCGCCAACGAGGGCAAGCCCGAGGCCGUGCGCUGCUUCAACGGGCCCCUCAAUGACGUCGCCCGCAUCUCAUUCAUCCUGCCCCGUCGCAGUAAGGGCGGCAUCGAGUUGGCCAUGAACCUGUUCGAGGAGGAGAUGGAUUGUUUGCUCGAGGAUGAGGAGUUCAAUCGGUUCUGCUUGGAGCUUUAG